UUAGGUUGUUUUUGAUUACCUUCCUCGCGUUGUGAAAUGGUUUGUGUUGGUACUGUUGCGUCCUCGUAGUUCUCGUGUUUUGCACGAGAGAGGAAAUAAAGUUUUUCUAAAUGGAAAGAGCACUGAAGAGUAGUGCACGUCUUGUGCCCAUACGUCCAAAACCUAUUGUGCCGUCAAAAGAGUCUGAAACUUUUUCGAUGCAAGUUGUUGUGACUAGCUGGGAAGGUGGUUGUACUUAUUACAUAAAGGGAGGGGGAACGUAUUAUUCGAAAGGAGGGGUUGUUGUGCCCUCAAGGACUUCGAAUCCUAUGACGAAAGACGAGUUCUUCUUGUUGGGUACUUACUCCAGAGAUAAGUUAUUACCGCUAUUUGAUAGGACGCUACGAAGUCCGGAGGCGCACUAGUGGGCUUACAGGGGAGGAGAUCGUCUCAAUUACUAUAACUUAAAAGUAUUGAAAGAAGGGUCGUCCAAAACUGUUUAUAAAAUGUUCUUAAUAUUUUUACUGUUUAUUAGUUAUAUUAUGUU